GAUUUUCCCGCAAGCCUUACACUUCAACAGCUUCAGCUUUCCUCAUUCGCGAACACGCUUUUAUGCUACACGCACAUCAGAAAGUAAUGAAAAAAAUUAUAUUUGCAUGCAUUAUAAACCAGAGACGAUAAGUUAUAUAUUAUUUAUAUGUCUACCCUGUUAUCCAUAAUUUUUCUCUUUUCUUCGUACUUAUCACAAAUACUUGCGCAUAUGCGCGCUCAUACGUAGACAGUUCGCUGACGUUUCUAUGUGUAAGUGUGCCUGACGUAUACACAUACACAUCGCAUACUCUCGCAUGCAUAGUGCAUAGAAUGUAGAACCCUUACACCUUGCACUUAUACAUAUAUACCACUCUCUCGCAAUCCAUAAUAUGACAAAGAUUCGAGAACGAUAUGACUGAUGAUCCACCGUACGAGGCAGCCUGACCGUCGUAAUCUGUGCGUAGAUACGUGGAUCACUGUCAACUUGAGCUUACUUGAAACGGACUAACUACUCACUGUGCCAAAAAGUGCCAAUGUAAAAAUGACUGAACAGGAUGUGAACUUCAUUUUUUGCACUUCCAACAUUUUAUUUUCUCUAAGAAAUCUAUACAAUACUAUAGCUUAACAUGUUUUUAAUGUAAUAUUGAUGCAAAACAAAUGCGAUACUUACAUGGUAUUAAUAUGGAUUCACCACCAUCAUACUCCCUGAGUGUGACUGGUCCAUUGAGUGAAAUAGGAAGCAGUGGGAUAGGAGGCUCCAUAUCGAGUGAUUCUGUUAGAGCACACUUUGCUACUACUGAGUUACAAGAAAGCGAUAUGGAGAGCAAAUCUUUGUCCCAAGAUUCUUUUGAUUACUCUGAUGGAAUUAAUAGUGAGAAUUUCAACACUUUGAAAAAAGGACCUUGGACAGAUAUUCUGUCAGCUGCUGCAAACAAAGUGGCUGAACAAAGGAAACAUGAAGUUGUUGAUGUUGCAAUUAAACCACCUCCUGAAUUUCAAGAUAGCCCAUCACCACCAGAUACAUCAUCUUCCUCGCUAGAACCCCUUACUAGUGACACUCGUACAGUUUUAGAUACUACGAUAAAUGUAAGUUGUUACAUAAUAGAGUUUGCUGAGAGUUUAGUUGAAACAAUUGUGGAAGAAGCAUUAGCCACAUCUUGUAAAAUAUUAUGGCCUGAAGGCAAAAUAACUCUUAAGCCUUACAAGCAUAGGCCCAAUACAGAAAAUUUACAUACCAAUUGCAGUAGAUCAAAUAAAAAUACAAUGCGUUUUUAUGCUUCAUCCGAUUAUCUUACAUCUUCUUCUGGAGCAUUAGCUGGACCAGGUUACAAUGGUGCCAUUACGAUUACACCUUUCAGUACUCUUAAUCGUCCUGCAUCCCGAUCGUCUUUGGCAUCAUCUCGACUCUCUAGUUCUCACAAUUCCCUAAAUACUACUGGUUUGAGUAACAAAGCUGAUGACAGCAGUUUCAUCACAUCAGCGAUGUCACAUGAUGUACUUACCGGUCCUCAAAUAAGUGAUAUGUACAAUGUUCCCUUUGAUUCGGAUAUCUACACUGUUCCAAUUGAUGUUGUACGACCUUUUCAUCACGACAUUGCUAUUAUUCGAACACCGCAAAGGCCAAAAAGGCACAAACAUCACCGAAAAAGACGUAGAAACACCAGCAGCUCUCAAAGCGAGUUUGAAUUUUGUUCGCAUUUGACAAGAGAAAGACAUUAUUGUGGUGGUACUACGAAAACUAAACUAACACAUGUUAAGUCCCAAAAAAUAUUGGCAGACACUUGCUGCAACGAUGUAGGAGCCUCCGCGACAGUGAAUGGAGCUUGUUGUAACACGGGCAAACGCCACAGUGUACCGGGUACGUCGUCAGCGGCAGUUGCAGCAGCAGCAGCACAUAGACACCAACAGCAGCAGCAACAGCAGCAGCUACACGUGCAUCACACGCAUCAGCGACAGUCAAAAAGUCAAGUUCGAAAUACCGGUGAACCGAUUCACAUGACGCUUCACGAAGUGCGUCAAUAUCUUCAAACUCUAUACUCAUCUGGGGGUUCAGGUGACGGGUGCCAAACGGAGCCAAGGCUAAAGCGAGACAAAAAAAUAUGGUGUCAACAACAUCCUUCGAUUCAUUUGGCUCAUGUGCCCAAGAUGAUUAAUUUAAACAAUAACAAUAAGUAUAGUAACCCGCACGAUACAUUGUCGUUGAAUACAAAUACGGUCCCAUCCAACAAGACUGGAAGCAACGGUCUCGCUACUGUACAACAGCACAACAACAACAACAUCAACAACUGUAACAAUAAUUACAAUUCCACAACCAUAAGUAAAAAACAUAAGAAGAAUACACUAUCGACGCUGAAAUACAAAAAGAACAAGGACGAGCAAAGAGCGGAUGACUUAAAGUCAGUAGAUGGCAACGAUCAAAGUACUGGCACUGUGAAUCGCGAAAAGAUGAAGAAAAGCCAACGAAAUUUUUCGCUUAAUCUUAAGCAAACUUUAUGCAAUAUAUUCAGGUUCAAAAAAAUCGGUUCCCCAGAACAUCAAUUGACCAUGAAACGCAAUCACAUUUCGGAAGUAAUAGUUCAGGAUGAUGACGAAUUAGUCACCGACUAUGAUCAACAUCCAACCAUCAACGGUCAUCAUAAUGGGAGCUCAGUGAACGGCGAACCCGAUGACGCAGAAAUGCCGCCUUCAGCGGGGAGUAAAUUACCAUUUUUCAAGCGAGCUCUUCCACCUCUUCCCAAAAACAACGGGCAUGCAAACAUCAGCGCUGAUUUGCAAGCUGCUUCCACAGACGCCAGCAUGGUAAAUGUUUGCAGUGACUCGGCAAGUCACUCACCGGCCAAUUCAAUCCAAGGACUUAGUCAAGACAGACAAGAGUCGGAUGAACGAGUAAGCAACGAGGACACUAGUAUGGAUUUUGCUGCUAGCAUUGAAAAAGUGAAGGAUUACGGUUGGUACUGGGGACCCAUAAGUGGGGAAGCAGCAGAAAAAAUUUUAUCUAAUGAACCUGAUGGAUCUUUUAUUGUUCGAGAUAGUAGUGACGAUCACUACAUAUUUUCUUUAUCUUUCAAAUUAAAUAAUUGCGUUCGGCACGUUAGGAUAGAACAUGAUCAAGGUAACUUCAGUUUUGGUAGUUGUACCAAAUUUAAAUCUCACACAAUUGUUGAUUUCAUUGAAAAUGCCGUGGAACAUUCACGAAGUGGUAGAUACCUGUUCUUCCUUCAUCGUCGACCAGUGCUUGGACCUAUGCGCGUUCAAUUGCUGCAUCCAGUAUCUCGCUUUAAACAAGUACAAAGUUUGCAGCAUACGUGUCGUUUUGUAAUACUUAAAAUGGUGCGGAAAGAUUUGAUACCGACUUUACCAUUACCCCGAAGACUUAUCGAUUAUUUAAGUGCGCCGCAUUACUAUAGCGAGCAGUUGGCUUGCGAGCAGGAGGAACGUGUUGAGUCCCCAGUUAGCUCUUCUACUGGUGAAUUAGAAAAAAUUUGUUUUACACCACAGGGCUUGUCGUGAGCGCUGCUAUUUUCACCAGCUUUAUCGGAACCACGACGUGCAUUAUUAUUCAACGGCCCCCAUGGAUCUCGAUGACACAUUUGUAUAACUGUUGAUUCUGUGUUCGAAUUUGUGGGGAUUCGUGAUGUUUUCAUUGUGAAUAUUCGAACGUACGUACAUCUUUGCAUGAGUAAAUGGAUAUACCCGAAUGUUAAAAUUCGUUAUCGAAUUUCCAGAAUCUGCAAUGUUAUGUUUUUAAACAUUUCAUUCCCUUAAAUGUCUACUUUUUAUUUUAUUUAUCUCUCGCUUUAUUACAACGAAUUAUUUCAACGAUUAUUAUCUUUUUUACUCAAAGUUCGAUGCUAAUUAGCUUUAAGAUAAUUUAUCUUUACUGUGAUAUUUGUUUACGUUAUUAACCAUCAAAAAUUGUUAUUAUACUCAUAUUAGCUUGCAAUCGAAAACUUAUUCAAUCAGAACCAUAUUAGUUAAGAGUAAGCUCUCAAUCUGUAUAUAAGCGUAAUAUGGUACAUCUUGCCGAGCUAUUUUACGUGUGAAAUGCAACGCUAAAUUUAAUUUAUGAAAAAAUAACUAUCUGCGUUAAUUUUUCGAUUUGUAAACAUGUAUAUUAUACUCAUCAUAGUUUUGUAUUUUAAUGUUGAUUUUUGUCUCUUGCAAGAUUUUAUACUAUUUAUUUACAUGGUUAUAAUGGAUUGUUAUUUGCAACAAAAUAUGUGGUUUUAAUUUAUAAAAAGUAUAAAUUGAAUAAAUACUAUUGUUGUCUAAUUAUCAUCAAUUGUUAGUUACAUGUUAUUAUUCUCUAAGCGUAGAGUUGUGACUCAUGUAUUCGAAUGAAUUUUCUUUCGAAAUAAUUUGUAUUGUUGUCAUCUUAUGAACAUUAGAUGUAAACGAUAAGAAAAGCUGUGUUUUAAUUAUUAUAAGUCAACUUCUGGAGGUACCAGAAAAAUCUUUUUAUACUCGUAUAUAUAAUUAUAUAUUAAUAAUUAUUGAAACUAUAAUGGAUACAGAAAAACUAAUGAAUUAAGGAUUAUAAAGAACAAGAAAAGUGUAAAUCUUUGGUGUAAUUCAGGGGUACAUACGAUCCAUAAUUAACACUAUACGUAGUGCAUCUAUUUAAAUACAAAUUACAGUAUUAAAGUAAGUUGAUAUAAAGAAUAAUGUAACUUACUGUAUGAUGAAAAGAAAGUUUUUAUCAAACCAUACAAUUUUUUUUAAAUUUAUCAUCAAGACCAGAAAUGUACGUACGAAUUCACAAUACAUAAGAGACUAACCAUGUAAAACGUUAUAAAAAGUGAUUUAAACAAAUUAGCACAAUAUAUAAUCAUUCAUAGUGGAUCAGUGAUUGUUUUUCACUCGAUCAGUGAGAGAAUGAAAUGAAGUAACGUAACGCGAAUGUGUGACAACUUUUUAUAGUCCUUCACAAAUUCGUAAUCGUGUUACUAAGAAUUGUAAAUUGCCAUUUUUAGUAUCUUAUAGUUAUAUCUCGUUUUUUACAACUAACGAUGCUUAUGUUAUUUUAAACAAUUGUAUGUAUAUGUUAUAAGUUAAUUAUUUAGUCAUUUUUUACUAUGUAUAAUUAGUAAGUUUCUAAACCAAAAAAACGAAUCAUACAAUUUUCAUAUUAUUUAAAAAUUAUUUUAUUAUUUAAUGUAAAAAUUAUAUAUCUCAAAGAAGUUUAUUCAAACAUUAUUGUGAUCAUUUUGAAGUAGCCCAAACAGACCUGUGCACAUCUCAUGUAAAUUAUCAUCUUGCGUCGGUGCUCUAAAUACUUAUACACAUUGCUUCAUUCUCAUAAAUACAUGUUGCUAUUAUGAAAAGAAACAAUGAAAUGCACAUAAUAAAUAAUUACACGUUCAAGACUUA